AUGUAUUGGUUAAUUCUAAUAUUUCUUAUAAUAGUUUAUUCCUAUUUUCACAUAAAGAAAUGUAAGAAUUUCUACAAAAAUAAAGGUAUCGAGCCUGGCAACUUACUACCCAUAUUCGGCGACAAUUUUAAAAUGAUGUUUCGUUUGGAAAAUUUAGCAGAAUAUAUAUCCAGAACAUAUUCCAGAGAACCCGGAAAAAGAGUAUAUGCUGUAAACAACAUGGGUAACAAUUAUCUAGGCAUCAAAGACCCAGAGUUAAUCAAGCAGAUCACAGUUAAGGACUUUGAUCACUUCACGGAUCAUCUGCAGUUUCUCGAGACCGACUUGGAUCCUCUAUGGUCGAAAAACCUUGUCGCCUUGACGGGAAAAAAGUGGCGUGACAUGCGAACAACCCUUUCGCCGGCGUUUACAAGCAGCAAAAUGAAGCUGAUGUUCACUUUGAUUCAAGACGCGUCCAAAACCUUCGUUGGGCAUUUCGAGAAGCAACAUCAAGACGUCUUGGAGGUGGAAUUUAAAGACGUGUUUACUAGAUUCACCAACGAUGUUAUAGCAACCACUGCGUUCGGUAUAAAAGUCGACUCUCUAGCAGAAAGAAACAAUACGUUCUAUUUGAUGGGCAAAGAGGCGACCAACUUCACAAGCUAUUUGCUACUUAUAAAAUUCAUGAUAUUAUCAAUUAUGCCCACAGUUGCCAAAAUAUUUAAGCUAGGCGUUUUUAGCCAAUCAGUGGCGACAUUUUUCAGAUCGACAAUCAAGGAAACAAUUGAAGUGCGCGAAAAAAACAACAUCGUCAGGCCAGACAUGAUCAACUUGCUCAUGGAGGCCCGUAAAGGCAACCAAAUCGAUGACGAUGAUAAUGUUACUGACACUUCGUUCGCCUCGGUGGAGGAAUCCUUAACUGCAAAACAGAAAGAGGUGAAGCAACAAUUAACAGACGAUGAUAUAACAGCACAAGCCUUGAUUUUCUUUCUUGGAGGAUUCGAUUCUGUAUCAAAUUUGAUGUGUUUUACCGCCUAUGAGUUGGCUGCAAAUCCAGACAUACAAGAUAUGGUGAGAAAGGAAGUUUUGAACACAGUGGAAGAAGCUAACGGCGAAAUAACCUACGAGGGUGUAAUGAAGAUGAAAUACUUGGACAUGGUUAUAUCAGAGAGUCUGCGUAAGUGGCCCAAUGCACCUCAAACAGACAGAUUGUGCAUCAAACAGUACACAAUUGAGCCCGCUUCACCAGAUGAAAAACCCAUAACUUUGGAAAAAGGAGAACCAGUUUGGAUACCAAUAUAUGCUCUUCAUAGAGAUCCGAAAUACUUCCCAAACCCGGAAAAAUUCGACCCCGAGCGUUUCAGCGAAGAAAACAAGUCGAAAAUAGUUCCAUACACGUAUCUGCCGUUUGGUGCGGGCCCUAGAAACUGCAUAGGUUCAAGAUUCGCUCUACUGGAAGCCAAACUGGUCCUGUGCGAAUUGCUGAGGAAAUUCCAAAUAGUGCCAACAAAAAAAUCACAAAUUCCACUAAAAUUUGGAAUAGGUUCAUUCGCGUUUGUUCCCAAAGGCGGAUUCAACUUUGGUUUCAAAAAACUUUAA